AUGACCCACCUUCAAAACAUACAGGAUAUCAGGAAUGAACUACGCUCCACCUGCGAUUCCAACGUGAAUGAAAUGCUUUACAACUUUGUUGGGCCAGACGCCCUCGAUAGAGCCACCGAAGCGGAACUGCUAUCAUACAUCAAAUCGGUUGCAGUAAAAACGAUUCACCCUGAAGUUUACCGACAACAGUUCAUCUCCAUGCGACAAAGUGACAGCGAAACGAUCACUCACUUCAUCUCCCGUUUAAAAUCUCAAGCGAUGCUCUGCAACUUUUCACGUAAAUGUGACUGCGAUGACCAAAACUGUGAAAUAUCGUAUUCCGAAAAUAUGAUUAUGUCGCAAGUCAUAGCAGGAUUAUUGAGCUCCUCCCAUCGCACAAAGAUCUUAAGUGAAAUGACUUCCAUAGAGACACUUACCCAAAUGACAGACCACCUCCUUACACUCGAAGCAACCGCCCAAGCCACGGAGCACUUCAAACCAUCAUUGCCCGCCCAAUCAGAUGUAAGCGGCGUCAAAUCCGACUACCAACGCAACAAACGUAGUGACUUAAGACAGAAGUCACAAGGCAACAAUCGCCCAAACUAUCAGGAAGGGGAUCGAAAAUGCAGAGGAUGUGGACACAACCGUCAUCCAAAAGGAAGAGAGCAAUGCCCAGCACAAGGCAAAAAAUAUGGCGUACCUCACGGACAAUGGGAAAAUGAUAAAUUCAUCGAACAAAAACCAUCCCCACAGCCAACAGUAAAUAUAUCUAUUUCACUCAACUCAUCUGCACAUCAGAAACUUUGUAAAUCGUUUUCUUUGAAUAAACUUCAACCUACCAGAGUUAGCGCCAUCGCUGAUACUGGCGCUCAAACAUGUACAGCAGGAAUAGAACUGCUUUCACAAUUGAAUUGUAGUAAAAACGCUUUGAUAAAAACUCGACAUCGUCUCCGCGCUGUGAACAAUAACGACAUCAGUAUUAAAGGCGCAAUCAUUGCUGACAUCACCGUCGGUACAUCGACCACCACAGAAAUUGUUUACUUAUGUGACAAAGUUAAAGGAUUUUUUCUAUCAAAAACAGCACUGAAAAAGUUGAACAUCGUACACUCUACCUUCCCGGAGCAGAUUGCAACCAGCCAACUGAAUGCAACAGACUCACCAGACGACUCCGUUGCCGAGGGCGGAUGUCCACGUCGUUCACCAUGUCCACCCAUACCUGACACGAUUCCGUUUCCAGCGACACCAGAGUAUACAGAACAAUUAGAGGUUUGGAUCAAAACAUACUUUUCGAGUAGUGCAUUUAACACUUGCAAACACCAAAAGCUACAAGUGAUGACAGGCGAACCAUUAAAAAUCCAAUUUCGUGAGGACGAAAACCCCGUCUCCGUUCAUAAACCAAUACCAGUACCACAUCACUGGAAAGAAUCCGUCAAAGACCAACUCGAUCAAGAUGUAAACUUGGGGAUAGUCGAACCAGUCCCAACCGGGACACCUACAAACUGGUGUUCUCGGAUGAUUACCGUUCCCAAGAACGACGGCACUCCGCGUCGAACAUUUCACCGCAAACCAAAAAAGACAACCCUCGACGCCUGGAACGGAUACCACAGCGUUCCAUUAGCCAACGACGCAAAAGAAGCAACGACAUUCAUCACCGAAUGGGGCAGUUACCGCUACCUCCGAGCACCACAAGGAUUCCAUGGAUCUGGAGACGGGUAUACGAAACGCUUUGACGAUAUAACAAAUGACUUUCCCCGUGUCCAACGUUGUGUAGACGACUCGAUCCUUUGGAACUCUGACAUCGCAACAGCAUUUUGGCACACAAUGAACUACAUUACACUAUGUGCCAACAACGGGAUAGUGUUUAAUCCCGAGAAAUUUCAAUUCGCGAAAGACACCGUUGAAUUCGCUGGUUUUGUUAUCACACCACAUGGUUACAAACCAAACCAAAAAAUCUUAAAAGGCAUUUAA